CAGUUCACCAGCUGCUCAUCUGCAGUCAGACCCAGACGGAGAGGACCAGAGGAGAGACGAGGAUGGAGAGACUUCUUCUGACCAUCAUCAUCAUCGCUGGGGCAGGGCUGAGUGCUGUCUCAUCAGCUGCUGGACGUCAGUACUAUUUUGUUUAUGACAGGAAGAACUUUACUGAAGCCCAAAGAUACUGCAGAGAGAAAUACACAGACCUGGCCACUGUAGACAGCAUGGAGGUUAUGAAGAUCCUGAACAACAUGGCAGAUUUAAGCAAAAUGGUCUACCCCACAUACAGCUCUAGAGCCUGGAUAGGACUUCAUGCUGACAGCUGGAGGUGGUCACUGUCAAACACAAGUUUCUACAAACCUGGGGAGACGGAGUUCAGACGAUGGGGGGGUGGAGAACCAGACGCUCGAUACAGUGAUAAAGCCUGCGCAGGGAUGUAUCCUUAUGGUGACUGGUAUGACCACGGUUGUGACAACAGGUGGUAUACAGUCUGCGCAGAUGUCAAAGGGUCAAAGGUGACUUUUGUCGUCGUCAACACCUCUAUGACAUGGCCUGAAGCCCAGAGCUACUGCAGAGCUCACUACACAGACCUGGCCAGUGUGAGAAGCGCUGCAGAGAACAAGAAGGUACAGGAGGCGGCUGGAGGAAACUGGGUCUGGAUCGGUCUUUCUAGAGACUCCUGGAAGUGGACAGAUGGAAGUAACUCCUCAUUUAACUUCUGGAAGGUCGGCCAACCUGAUAACAAGAACAGGAACGAGAUUUGUGUGGCUGCGGACUUCAGCCAAUCAGGAGCCUGGGAGGACUGGCCCUGUGACAUGGAGAGAGCGUUCAUUUGCUACGGUCCAGUGGUGUCAAAGAAAGUGAUGAAAGUGAAGUUUGAGAACAAGAAGAAUCUGGAUCUGAAUGACCCUGCUGUGAUGGAGGCCAUGUUGAAGCAGCUGAAACAGAAGCUGAGGGCCCAGGGGCUGGACGACAAUAUUAAACUGAGCUGGAGGAAGCAGGCUGAUGGAAAAGUCUUCCACAAGGAAGACAAGAAGACCAACAAGAGGAGGAGGAAGAGGGAGGAGCUGUAAUGUUGAGUUGCUGCGUCUGCUUUCAUCAGAGAAAAGUCUGGUUCUUUCCUCAGAUGUGACGGAGCAGAAUAGAGCUGCACCAAUCAGCUGAUUCAUCCAUUAUUCUCUAUUAUGUAAUGAAUAGUUUAGUUUUCAUUUAUUAUUGUUGUAGUGAUUCUUACAUUCUUUAUUUUAGGUUACAUAACAUUUUACUCAACUAAAAUAUGCAUCCCAGCCUCCGUACGUUUACAAUCUUAUUCUGUAAAUGUUGCCGAACAUCAACAGAGAUCUUGAGUUUCUUAUGAGUAGGGUUGGGUACUGAGACCCGGUACUAAUACGGCACCGGUGCUUAAACGACCGGUAUCUAUCGGACCAA